AUGAUCAACUGGGAUCACUGUGGGGAGGACGCCCGUAUCGCCUAUACGACCGGUCAUGAAGCGGCAAUCGAACACGCGGCAAACGGAAGGAAGUCGCGCGAGACACUCUUCGAGGCAUACGUGAUGAACGCCUUCGCUGAUCACUACCUGCAAGACUUCUUCUUAGCGGGUUACCUGCGAGUACCACGCCGUCUCCUUUACGGCAUGACGGGAAUGGCGGACAAGCUCGCUCAGUACAUGCACGACGAGGAUUCCGCCUUCGGUCUCCAAGUCGAGGACGCCAGCGGCUCGCGGUGGACCGCCUUCGGGGACAGAAAACUCUUGGACAAGGUCAACGAGGUCAACCUGCUGAAAUGUCAAGCAGCCGCGGCGGCGUCUGCGAGGGAGGUAUACGACGCCUAG